CGAUACGAUCGAGAUAGACAAGGGGAGAACCGACCGGGUUGGUGCCCUCAAAGCCGUGCCUGAUUGUCAGAACCGUGCAAUACGCAACGUACUGAGCAGGUAUGCCCACUUAUUCACAGACGCGGAAGAUGAUUACGGAUUUUGCAAUUGGGUUGAACACCGAAUACCGUUGAUCCCAGGAGGACAAUGCAAGCCAAUCUUCAGACGAAUUCCACAGAACACCCUGGUGGAGAUACAGAAGCAGGUGACCGAGAUGGAAUCGAAAGGAAUCAUCAGGCGAACGCACAGCCCGUAUUCAUCACCCGUGCUAUUGACGAAGAAGGCCGACGGAACCUAUCGAUUUUGCAUCGAUUUCAGAGAACUAAACAGGGUGACGGUGAAGGAUGCAUUCCCGAUGCCUCAGAUGGAAGAAAUUUUCUCAAGCCUUCACAGUGCGAAGCAGAUAUCUCUGAUUGAUCUCCGCUCGGGAUAUUGGCAACUGCCGAUCGCAGAAGAAGAUCGCCACAAGACAGCUUUCAGUGUCAAUGGCCAGCAGUAUGAGUUUUUGAGAAUGCCGUUUGGAUUGUGCAACGCCCCGGCUACAUUCAGGCGUUUGUUGCUGAUGGUCCUCGCGAACCUGCAAGGCGUGGUUGUGUACGGUGAUGACAUCAUCGUCUUCUCUGAGACGGAACAGGAACAUGUGACCAGACUUGGAGCAGUACUGCAGAGGCUAGAUGAAGCUGGUCUGAAACUCAGUCGUAAAAAGUCGCAGAUUGCCCAAAAGUCAAUUGUAUGCUUGGGUCACAUCGUGGGCAAUGGUCAAGUCCAUCCACUUCCGGAGAAACGCGAGACGAUCAAGUGCUUCGCAAAACCAAAAUCCAAGCGUCAGCUCCGUUCGUUCUUGGGAGUGGUGGCAUAUGAUUCAAAGUUUGUGCCCCAGUUCGCAGAGAAGGUCAGCCCGUUGUUAAAGCUGCUUCGCAAGGACGUGCCCUUCGUGUGGACAGCUGAAGCGGAUCAGGCCUUUGACCAUCUAAAGGCAGGCAUAGCAGAAGCCCCGACAUGUCUACGGCUACCCAAUCCUGGUGAGAGGUUCACUGUGGCUGUCGACGCAAGCAACGUGGCCAUCGGUGCGGUUUUGUCUCAACCGGCUGGGGUGGUGGAGUACGCGAGCAGAGUGCUGACGGGGGCGGAACAGAAGUAUUCAACAACGGAGAAAGAAUGCUUGGCCAUCGUGUGGGCGUUAGAGAAGUGGAGAAAUUACUUACUGGCGAAUGAAUUCCGGGUCGUCACUGACCACAAACCGCUCUCGUGGUUGAUGACGGCGAAAGACCCGCGGGGACGGCUUGCGCGAUGGGCCUACCGAUUGCAGGAAUUCAACUUCACCAUUGAGCACGUGGAUGGAACGCAAAAUGUAUUGCCAGAUAUGUUGUCACGCCCGUGUUUGGACGACAUCAUGCCAGACAAUGCCAUACCGGUGCGUGCGAUCGCGAUGGGGGAGAGGAACCUGCUGGGAGAUCAAAGGACAGAUGAAUUCGUGAAUGUGUUGUGCUCUCACUUACGGGCUGGCACCAAACCGGAGGCUACAUCGGAGGAGGUGGAGGAACUCCUCAAGAUCUGGGACAGGUUGAAGGUCGAAAACGAUAACGUGGUGGUGGCGAUAGACGGACGGAAAGUGCCUUUUGUUCCACCAAAUCAGCGAGAACGUGUGAUGCGCAUAACUCAUGAUGGCGCCCAUAUGGGAUUCGAGCGGGUCUUUGAAUUGCUGCGGAGGCGAGUGUUUUGGCCAACCAUGAGGAAGGACGUCGCGGCAUACCUUCGGGAGUGCCCAAACUGCCAAACGAGUCGGGAGAUGGAGUCCCCGAGACCGCCGAUGCGAUCGAUGGAGGUUGGUGAGCCACUUCAGUGUUGGGGACUGGACGUCUUUGGGCCCUUACCAGUGAGUCGAACAGGAAACAGAUACAUUCUAGUGAUGAUUGACCACUUCACUCGAUGGGUGGAAGCCAUACCAAUCAAGGACCAAACAGGCGAGACAGUGUCGCAAGUAUUCGAAUUCAAUGUGCCUGCAAGGUAUGGGAUCCCACAGUGUAUCAUCACGGACCAAGGGCCCUGCUUCGAGUCAAGAGCGUUUAAGUCAGUGUUGGACAAGUGGGGCAUCCAGAGACGGCGAACUUCACCGUACCACCCACAAACCAACGGGAUGACCGAGCGGUUCAACCGGACAUUGAAGACGUGGAUAAACUGCACGAAGUUGGCAUGGGAAGAUGCUUUGCCUCAGGUUCUGAUCGCGUAUCGGACCAGCAUGCAAUCAACCACCAAGGUCUCGCCAUUCGAAUUACUGUUCGGCAGAGAACCACGGAUUGCGCUCGAUACUUGCCUACCGAACCAGGGUGAGUGGAAACAUCCAGCUGAGCAUCAAGAGCGACUGCGAUGGAAAGCUAGAAGCGAAACCAAAGCUCGACAAGCGCGGAAUAAGCGAAAUUACGACGCCAGGCAUGAGGCUCACAAGUGGAGGCCAUUCAGGAUUGGAGAACGGGUCAAGUUACGGAACAACGAUCGGCCGGAUCAUGACGGGCCGGGCGCAAGCAAGUUCAGAGAACGCUGGAAAGGCCCCUACACCAUUAUCGACCAGAAAGCGGGCAACUUCUUAAUCGACUGCGGAGGAAUGAAACGUUGGGUGAAUGCUGCUCUCCUGCGACCAUGGUACGAGAGGAAGAAAGGUCCUGGAGGAGGGGCGGGUGUAGAGGGGCCGCUUCCAAGAAUGGCUCUGGGGAGCUCUUCGGAGCUAGCUGAGAGCGGAUCGCGAAAGACGGCUAGCGACGAGCCUGGGCCCGGAACUACGGAGCGGGAAUAUGUGGACAGCGCAAUAAAUCAGACAAAUACGCCGCUAGCGCAGCCCACAGGACCGAGGCCGAGCCGAUUGACACAGCCCAGAACAAGCAAGUCGAGAGCUCUCGAACGACUCCUGGCCGAUCCAAAUCGGGUGCAGAGAAGCGGAGAUCGAGGCGAAAACAGGAAGGCGGAUCUUCCAAGUCAGAGCUCCCGAGGCGAAAGGACUGGCUCGUCUCUAACAUCCGUACCUGUGUUGCGUUGUGGGACGGAAAUCUAGUCGAUAUUCGAUGGCGCGCGCGAGACCCUCAUGUGCCCAUUUUCGGUGUGCAAUAAACGUCUACCCCCCUGUCUUGUCGUUCUCGCUACACUGGUGCCGUGACCAAUCGCGAUGGAGUUGACCCGGUUGGAGCAAUUUGCGGCCGGUGACGUGGAGGCGUGGCUCGAUGAGUUCGACGGAAUUGCGGCUUGCACGGGUGUGAGGGGGGAUGCAAAUUUGCUAAUUGCUUUGGGCACACGGUUGAGUGGACGAGCCAAGGCGGUGUAUUUGCUCACUCGAAAGGCCAAACCCGGUUGUUCGUUCGCUGAGAUGAGGGCUGCCUUGUGUGCAGAAUUUGGGAAGGAUCUGGAGAGAGAACGAGCACUGCAACGAUUUCACGCAGCCAGAUGGGACGAACAGGAGGAUUUGAUGGUGUUUUUCCAGCAGCUGGACAGACAUCUAACGAUUGGGCUCCCCGAGUUAGAGGGUAACGCAAGAGAGCGCCUACUGAAACAGCAGUUUAUCCGAAGUCUGCCCGGUCCACUCCAUGAUCAGGUGAAAUUGGCGUCGAUGGUGGGAGACAGCAAAGCGUUGGAUCUGGUGACGGUCGCCCAGAAUUUGUCGGAACGAGUGACAGUGAGAAGCAUCCAGCAUGCUGAGUUGGAACAGAAAGUAAAUCG